AUAGACCAUAUAAUCUCCCUUCAGAGGGAGCGGCAAAAUCUCCUUUUCAUUUUCCAGCUGCUGUAGCUUAUCCGCUCGCAGCCAUCGUCUCCCUCUCCGACUCCCUAACCUAAAACACUAUCCCAUUCGCCUCUUGCCCUUUCCACGAUUAGGCGAAGCAUUUGAAGUUGUUAGGGGAGAAAUGGCUGCUUCUUCCGGUAUUGGCGUUACUUCUUCUAUGUUCCAUACACCAUCUAUCGAGCUCGCUACCAGAAGGGCAACAACUCCCACUAUCACAUCCUCUUGCCUCUUCCCCCUUACAAUUCCGGAUAAGCCUUGCUUCCUCAGUUCUUCUAUAUCCAGCGGCCGUGGAAGUGGAGUUGGGAGACUUACACUUCUUAUGGUGGAGGGAGGUUCCCGCAGGCAGACUACGGUUCCUUCCGCCAUUGCUUCUCCCAAUAAUUCCCUUCUCAGUGAGCAGGCCUUCAAGGGCCUUGGUGGCAUCUCCGACUUCGAUGGUGUCGAUAGUGAUGAAGACGACUUGGCGGAUGACGCAGUCCUUGCUGCUGAUGAUACUGACGAGCUUGCGCUUACCAAGCUGGGUUUGCCUGCGCUCUGGUUGACGCUCUGGAGAAGCGUGGAAUUACUCACCUUUUCCCUGUUCAGAGAGCUGUUCUGGUUCCGGCUCUAGAAGGUCGAGAUAUCAUUGCUCGUGCUAAGACUGGGACUGGGAAGACUUUGGCAUUCGGCAUUCCAAUAAUUAAGCUCCUCACUGAAGACACUGAACUAAGAGGCCAACAACGGCGAACUGGCCGGCUUCCACGAGUUUUGGUCUUAGCACCUACACGAGAGUUAGCAAAGCAAGUAGAGAAAGAAAUUAAGAGUCUGCACCUUACCUUAGCACUGUGUGUGUUUAUGGAGGCGUUUCAUAUGUGACGCAACAAAGUGCUCUUACCCGUGGAGUAGAUGUUGUGGUUGGGACUCCAGGUCGAAUCAUUGAUCUCAUUAAAGGAAACAGCCUGAAACUGGGGGAGGUUCAGUACUUGGUUCUUGAUGAAGCUGAUCAAAUGCUUUCAUUUGGAUUUGAGGAGGAUGUGGAGUUGAUCUUGGAAAACCUUCCAACAAAACGGCAGAGCAUGCUUUUCUCCGCAACAAUGCCAAUUUGGGUCAAGAAAUUGGCCAGGAAAUAUCUGGACGAUUCCAUUGCAAUUGAUCUGGUUGGUGAUCAGGAAGAAAAGCUUGCUGAAGGAAUCAAGCUUUAUGCCAUAUCUACCACCUCCACUUCAAAACGCAGCAUGCUCAGUGAUCUUGUAACUGUUUAUGCAAAAGGAGGGAAAACUAUAGUCUUCACUCAAACUAAGAGAGACGCCGAUGAAGUCUCCAUUUCAUUGUCGAAUAGCAUAGCUUCGGAGGCUCUGCACGGAGAUAUAUCCCAGCAUCAAAGGGAGAGAACAUUGAAUGGUUUCCGUCAAGGCAAAUUCACCGUGCUUGUAGCAACAGAUGUUGCUUCUCGUGGGCUUGACAUUCCGAACGUCGAUCUGGUUAUUCACUAUGAGCUUCCAAAUGAUUCGGAGACCUUUGUGCAUCGUUCUGGUCGUACUGGGCGUGCAGGGAAGCUGGGAACUACCAUUUUGUUGUUCUCCAACAGUCAAAGGAGAUCCGUUAGAUCUAUCGAGCGUGAUGUUGGAUGCAGGUUUGAGUUUGUUGGCUCACCAGGCAUUCAAGAGGUUCUAGAAUCAUCAGCAGAGCAUGUGGUUGCUACUCUACGUGGAGUUCAUCCUGAAUCUGCAGAAUGUUUUAUGCAAACUGCCGAAAAAUUGUUAGAAGAACAAGGAACAAAGGCCCUUGCUUCGGCUCUGGCACAUUUGAGUGGUUUCACGCAGCCUCCGUCGUCUAGAUCUCUUAUUAGCCACGAGAAGGGCUCUGUGACAUUGCAAUUGACUAGGGAUCCGAAUUAUGCUAGAGGGUUCCUUUCACCUAGGUCGGUGACUGGUUUCCUCUCAGAUGUAUAUCCUACAGCAGCAGAUGAAGUUGGGAAAAUAUAUGUAAUUGCUGAUGAAAAGGUUCAAGGAGCAGUGUUUGACCUGCCUGAGGAGAUAGCAAAAGAGUUGCUGAAAAUGCAAUUGCCUCCUGGAAACGUUAUUUCCAAGAUCACCAAGUUGCCUGCAUUGCAAGAUGAUGGACCCGUUGGAGAUAAUUAUGGUCGGUUUUCUAGCAGGGAUCGCUCCACUAGGGGGGGUUCGAGAGGCCAGAGGAGCUUUAGACCCCCGCAGCGUGGUGGUGGUCGAGAUUUCGAUGAUGAUGAUUUUGGUAGGCGUGGCGGUCGAAGCCAAUCGAGGAGCAGUGGCAGCAGUUGGGGGAUGGGUGGAAGGAGGUCGAGCUCGGAAUCAUCAAAUAGAGACAGUGGCAGCAGUUGGGGGAUGGGUGGAAGGAGGUCGAGCUCGGAAUCAUCAAAUAGAGACAGAUCAUUCGGAGGUUCAUGUUUCAGCUGUGGGCAAUCUGGACAUAGAGCUUCGGAGUGUCCCAGCAGGGGAGGGUAUUAGAAGUAUAUACGACCAGGUCUUUGACCAUGCGAACAACAACAAAGUGGCAGCUGCUGGGAAUCUUGGUUGUCUCGGCCGUAUAUGGAAUAUUUAUGCCAAGAUGGGUUCGCUACAGGAAAGAAUACUGGAUACCUGCGAUCGAAUAGGCUUGUAGCUUGUGUUUUCUAGAAUCUAGAUAGAUUGGUUGGCUCUAAAAGAUGGGGGGAAAUGAGAGUUCAAUAGAAUGUAUUCCUAUUUUCGUUUCAGCGUAUCCGGUAUGUAAACUGUACUAUUUAUUGACUAGCAGUAUGAAACAGGCAAUGUGCAGCGAUCAGCCCCCAAAAUUGCAUGUUAUUGCUGCAUUAUUUUCUCUGGUCCAUAAUUUGCCCUGGAUAUCAGUGCUAUCAUUUUCCACCGAGCAUUCUGUUGAUUCAAUAACCAAAA